CAAUAUCCAUAAGAUUGAGCCUCGGUUUCUUUCCUGCUCCACCCACCUGCUUAGACACUGGUGGUCAUAUAAGAAGUGUUCUUUCCCGAACACUUUUAUUCAUACCAUAGAUCUCAAUUUGAUGGGUUUCCCACAGAAGUGAAAUAUCAUGUCUUACAACACACAAAAGAAACCAGUUGUGGCCGUUGUAGGCGCCGGGCCUGGAAUCGGAGAGGCCGUUGCCCGACGAUUCGUGGCCGAAGGCUUCGUCGUCGCUCUCCUGGCCCGUACCGAAGACAAACUCCGGACGAUGGUCGAGGGUAUUGAUGCCGACUAUGGAAAAGGGACGGCGAGAUACUAUAUAACUGACUUGCGAAUUGAGGAGUCAGUUAUUUCCAGCUUCAAGUCCAUCCGUGCCGACCUGGGUGCCGUGACUGUCUUAGUGUACAAUGCCGGUGCACGUCGCGUCAAUGGCAGAUCAAUACUGGAUACUACGACCGAGGAAUUCGAAAACUUUACGAAGAUUAAUCUGUUCGGUGCUUUCUGGUCCACCAAGUGCGUGUUACCCGACAUGCUAGCCGCAGGUCAGGGAACGAUUCUGUAUACAGGCGCGACAGGUUCGCUGCGUGGUUCACCCGGACUAAGCAGUUUCUCUCCUGGAAAGUUCGGGUUGCGGUCUCUAGCGCAGAUCGUGGCCCGCGAAUACCAAUCCCAGGGAAUUCACGCGGCACAUAUCAUCAUUGACGGUCCAGUGGAUGGAAAGUUGAUUGGCGGCGUGCGGCGACGGCAAUGGCAGCGAGAGGGAGAGACAGCUAAGUUGGAGGAUGUUGAAUCCUAUCUCGCGCAACCAAAAGAUCUGGCUCACAUCUACUGGUUUCUGCAUACUCAACCGCGAAGUGCCUGGACGCAGGAAUUGGACGUACGGGCACAGAAGGAGAGUAUAUACUCGAGGUUGUAAAAUGUCUGAGGAAUAGGUCAGCCUUUGACCUCCGAUUUUUUUUUUUUUUUUGAAAGCUGUGCGAAUAGUCGGAACCAUUGGAAGACCACGACUUUGAAGAUGUAAAUGGAGCCGUACAAUGUCUGUUCUGUUUCAUGUUUCCAAUUAUUGUCGUAUCUAGCAUUAUACAGCAUGCUUUAUUCCUAGUCAAUUAGUAUUUAGAGGCGUCCUUUCCGACAAACUUUAGCGAAUAAUGUCCCAGCGAGCACUUGAACGUUCUAAAUGCUUCAGCUCGGCCCUUCAACCAGGCCGGAUAUCUUGUAUGAAGUCCAUUCUGCCAGGUUCGGGAGAUUACAGUGAAUAUACUUGGGGUGCAAGCUCUUUGAUUCAUGUCUCUAAAGCCAGCAUGGUAUCAAGUAUGUGAUGAGGAAUAGUAAAACUGUAAAAGUCUACAGCCCUCGUUCUAUU